CUGCGCUGCAGCCCAAUGGGAAUAGUGGCGCUUCCCUUUCUCCCGCUUCCUUUCUCCACCCCCAGCUCGGGGCUGGGGAGGCGGGAGGUGGCGGUGCUGCAGCCCAGCCACCGGCGGGGCGCGGGGCAGUGGGAGCCCCGCUCGGCCCCUUUUUCACCGCCGCAGAAAUACCUGCGGGGGAGAAGGAUGCUGGGGGGCAGUUGCCCCUCUCUGCGGGAGCCGCCCCGGGCAGGAGGAGGAGGAGGAGGAGAGGAAGAGAAAGGAGCAGGAGGGAAGUGGGGAAGUUGCGCCUUGCGCGCCCCGCCGAGAGCUGGAGCCAUGGGCCCCGCCGGGGGGGUGCGGGUCGCCCCCUCGCUGCUGCUCUCGCUGCUGCUCGGAGCCUCGGCCCCGCUGUGGCUGCGGGCGGAGAAGCUGGGGGAUGGAUGUGGGCACAUGGUGAUGUAUCAAGACAGCGGGACCCUGGCAUCCAAGAACUAUCCUGGGACGUACCCAAACUACACUCUUUGUGAAAAGAAAAUCCAAGUGCCUCCAGGAAAACGCCUGAUCUUAAAAAUUGGAGACCUGGAUAUUGAAUCACAGAAAUGUGAAUCCAGCUACCUUACCAUCCAGAGCUCUUCAACAUUGCAUGGGCCAUAUUGUGGUAAUGUGAUGCCUGUCCCCAAAGAAAUUAUUCUGGACAGCAAUGAAGCGACUAUUCACUUUGAGAGUGGAUCCCAUGUGUCAGGACGAGGCUUUCUGUUGUCCUAUGCCAGUAGUGAUCAUCCAGAUCUAAUCACAUGUUUGGAAAGAGCUAACCACUACACACAGACUGAAUACAGCAGAUACUGUCCUGCUGGCUGCAGAGACAUAGCAGGUGACAUUUCUGGGAAUAUCGAAGAAGGAUACAGAGAUACCUCGCUGCUGUGCAAGUCGGCGAUACAUGCAGGCGUUAUCGCAGACGAGCUGGGCGGGCAGAUCAGCGUCACCCAGCAGAAGGGCAUCAGCCACUAUGAAGGUGUCUUCGCCAACGGCAUCCCCUCACAUGAUGGGUCACUGUCAGAUAAGCGGUUUAUGUUUACUUCAAAUGGCUGCAACAAAUCUCUCAGUCUGGAAGAGGGAUUCCUCUCUAAGAGCCAGAUUACUGCAUCUUCCUACUGGGAGGACAGCAAUGAAUUUGGGCAGCUAUUCCAGUGGUCUCCUGACAAGGCUUGGCUUCAAGUCCCGGGAUUGGCUUGGGCCUCUAACCACAGCAGCAAUCGUGAAUGGCUGGAGAUAGACCUUGGAGAGAAGAAGAGAAUAACAGGGAUUAAGACCACUGGUUCUGGAUACAUGACGUUGAAUUUCAACUUCUACAUAAAGACAUUUACAAUGAACUACAGAAAUAACAACUCAAAAUGGAGAACCUACAAAGGGAUUCUGAGCAAUGAAGAAAAGAUAUUCCAAGGCAACUCCAACUCCGGUGAUGUAGUACGCAAUAACUUCAUCCCUCCAAUAGUGGCCCGUUACGUGCGAAUUAUCCCUCAAACUUGGAACCAAAGAAUAGCAUUGAAGCUCGAGCUGAUGGGUUGUCGAAUUAUGCAAGCUAAUAGUUCAUUUACACAUUCAAUGUGGCAGAAGCCAAGUCAGAGCACAGAAGCCUCCCUUGGAAAAGAGGACAGGACUGUAACAGAGCCCAUCCCAUCAGAAGAAACUAACUUAGGCUUGAAGCUUACCGCUAUAAUUGUCCCCAUCCUCAUCGUGCUGUGUCUGUUCCUGUUCUCUGGAAUUUGUAUCUGUGCAGCCCUACGCAAGCGAGAAGCCAAGGGACUUUCUUAUGGAUUAUCCAGUGCUCAGAAAUCAGGUUGUUGGAAACAAAUCAAGCAGCCCUUCACCAGACAUCAGUCAACUGAAUUUACCAUCAGCUAUAAUAAUGAGAAGGAGACACCACAAAAACUAGAUCUGGUCACCAGUGACAUGGCAGAUUAUCAGCAGCCUCUCAUGAUCGGGACUGGGACGGUGACACGGAAAGGAUCUACUUUUCGACCCAUGGACUCUAAAGAUGAGGGAAGAAGGGGGAGUUUAGAGUUCGAAAAUCACUACCACUGUCCAAACAGAGCUAACCGGCAUGAAUAUGCCCUGCCACUGACCAGCCAAGAGCCUGAAUAUGCCACCCCCAUCAUAGAGAGGCACAUUACAAGAGAGAAUAACUUCCCUUCUGAAAACGGCUACAACAUACCUGUAAUCUCAUCUCAGAUACAUGCGCUUUCUGCUGGCAGCUUCUCUAGUUCAUGUAAGACCGAAACCAUGAAUGGAGACUAUCAGACACCCCAGAGUGUCAUAAGCUACGACAAACCCAAAGUUAACGGUGUUCUGACCUCUGUGAGCUACAGCACGGACUACCAGAAACCUCAGCCGAAUGCCCUCGGGAGCGAGGGUUACUCGACACCCAGAGACUGCCUAAAGCCAAUAAGCCAGACAGCAAUGACAGCUCUCUUGUGAUCUGCCGGAGCAGGAGAGACACUGAGCGCAGGAACGUCACCGCACAGCUUUCUGAAGCGAAAACAGAGUUUGGAAGGACUCUGCUGCGGGAGGCAGAAGGCAAACAAGCCCCUGUGUACAUAAUAUUGCAGUCUUGCUGGGUUCUGACAUCUGAAGAAAGCAUAUGCUGUUUAUCACUGUUUAUAGCAAGAGAGAUGUUAUCAGUGAAGACUGUACAUCUUAUUUUCUGUAACUGAUCUCAGUGCUCCACUUGCAAUGUGUGCAAUUUGUACAUAGCUUUUAUUUAAGGAGAAUUUCUUAAGUUUCCUUUUCACCUGGGAGAUUGAAAGAACUGCAGAAAUACCUAUUUAAGGAAAACAGUCCUCCUUCUCCGUCUUUGUUUUACCUGCUGUUGGCAGCUGUAAAUGGUGUAUCUUAUGGUUGUGGUGAUUCAUCUCCUUUCUUAAAACUGACGAUAGUGCAUCACUGUAGUUCUUACUGGGAAAGUAAAAGAAGCAAAACUACUUAAAGCAUAAUGUGCACAAGAGAAGGCAGCUGAGCAUUUAAAUUACAUGCUCAAACCCACCUUCCUGGCUGCUUUUUUAGCAGCAGUUCUUACAUGCUUGAAUUUGAUCUGUUGUAUGACCUGAGCCCGUCUAACUUGCUGUUCAUGAUAGAAACAGAUAGAAAGGCUGAAACCAGUUCUGGGUUCAAGCCAAGGUGAUCACUCUGCAAUAGAAAAACAAACAAACAACAAACCCAACACCUGUGAGUCUGGGGUUUGGGUUUUUUUCUUCAGGAAGUGUGUGUGGAACCAAAAUUUGAAUUUGCAGCUGGGAAUUAAAUCCUGUUCAAGUCCUAGCUGAUGCUUUUGCUGCUAAACUAAAAGGAAAUCUGUUCCUUGGCACAAAGCAGGAAACUUCCUGAACUCCUCAUUGCUCCAGUAUUUGUCUUACAAAUUUCUAUUUGAAAUAUUUUGACGAAGUAAAACAUGGUGUGUGUAUGGCUUGGCUUGCUGCGGCAGUUAAAUUUGCAAGACAGCAGAUCAGCACAGUUGUGUUAAAAUAGUUUUUCUUUUGCAGCUAAUGCUACCCUUAAUUCUGGUUUUGGACAAACUUGAAAAAGCACAGGGAUGGGUGCAAUGUAUUAUAUAGUAGCUGGCUUCUCUUUCAGCAGAGGCGUCAUUGAAGCGAAACAGCUUCUAGUAGCAACUGGGACUGUCGGCUGCCCUUCUACCUGCAGUGCUUGGAGCGUCACUUUGGAUUCGAAAGAUUAUCCUAAAUUGUCUUCUUGAGAAGAAGAACGGUGCUAUAUUGAAAGCACAAGGUUGUGAAAUGAGACUAGUAAAACCUGAGCUCUUCAAAAGUUGCUAUCUGAAGGCUCUCCGUUUCCUUGCACAUAAAUGUGGGAUAAUUUGCAAAGGAUGCAGCAAAGAUCUGUAGUCUGUUCUCAGUGUGCUUUCAGAUCCUCGGGUGGAAAAGUGCUGUCAGAGUACAGACUAGUUGCAGUGGUACUACUCACAAAUAUUGCUAAAUCCAGCCAUACCUGACCUUAAGGCAAGCUCUCAGUGAGUUCUUUCCAUAUGCUUGUUUUGUGGCCAUUCCCUCGUGUUGCCACACCAUGCAUGCGAUUCCCAUGCAAAGAAGAAAGUGUCAAGGUAACCUCGUAGCCUUCCUGUGUUUGCUGUCAAUACAGUUUCUGUGAAAUGUCUAAAACACCUCAGGUCCUGAAGCGAAACAGCAGCAGCCUGUUUGUUAGACCGAGCUGGGCAGUGUUGUUUACCUUCUGUUGUUUACAUGUCUGUGUAAAUAAAGAACACUGGUAUUUGUAAAUCA